CUGACUCUGAAGUGGCUCAAGAGAGACAUACUGACUGACUCUGAAGUGGCUCAAGAGAGACAUACUGACUGACUCUCAAGUGGCUCAAGAGAGACAUACCGACUGACUCUCAAGUGGCUCAAGAGAGACAUACCGACUGACUCUCAAAGUGGCUCAAGAGAGACAUACCGACUGACUCUCAAAGUGGCUCAAGAGAGACAUACUGACUGACUGACUGCUGCUCCAGUGGAUGUUCAAGACCACGUUGUGACGCUCCAAGACUCACUGACACGAGGGUUGGCUUCUCCCAACACACCUGACUGAAGGACUGACCCUCGGGUUGUGACCAGAGCAGUGGCUCAUGCUGACAACACACACCAGGACUUUAAGGGAGUUAGUUCUUCUCGACCUGUAGAACCUGUAGAAUCUGUAGAACCUGUAGAAUUCUCUUUGACGUCUGACUGUCAGCGUAUGGAACACUGAAUGCCCCCCCGUUAAAAGGACUUCGGUUCAGGUUCUGUAGCUCUACGGCCAGACUCUUGUAGAUGUAAGACUUCAUUGUUUUUGCUUCUCUUGAUUCUGACUGUUUGUCUGUGCGCUCAGUGGAAGACCCCCCUCCAGCUCGUGCCUCAUGGCUUGCUACUACAUAGUCAUCAGUUCUACUCACCUCAGCAACGGCCACUUCAGGAACAUCAAGGGAGUUUUCCGCGGACCCCUCAGCAAAAAUGGCACCAAGAACUUGGACUACGCGGAGAAGGAGAGGACGGCGACCAUGGCCAAAGCCUUGGAGGACCUGAAGGCCAACUUCUACUGUGAUCUGUGUGACAAGCAGUACUACAAGCAUCAGGAGUUUGACAACCACAUUAACUCUUAUGACCAUGCUCACAAACAGAGGCUAAAGGAGCUGAAGCAGAGAGAGUUUGCCCGGAACGUGGCCUCUAAGACCAGGAAGGAUGCGCGGAAACAGGAGAGAGCACUUCGGAGGAUACAUGAGCUUGCCGAACAACGCAGAGAGGUCCAUUGCGCUCCAGGCAGUGGCCCCAAGUUCAAGUCCACUACGGUGGCAGUGGAGGGCAGUUUCAGAGACAGCUGUACCGAUGGACCUUCAGAGGAGUCCAACAACUCCACAGUUCUGGAGACAGGAACCCACAACCACACCAGCACCGGCACUGGCCUGGCCACCAACAGCAAGACCCAGAAAACACUAUACUGGCCUUACACGGGAAAGGCCAAGAAACAGACUUACAACAGGCACAAAAUAGCAUUCUCAUUCUCCUUCCCAAAGAAAGCAUCCAUCAAGCUGAAAUCUUCGGCCGCCGUGUUCUGUGACAACACAGAGGAGGGUUCCAAAGAAUGUGUCAGAAGACAGAAGCUCAGAAUGCCCCUUGUUGAGUUGAACAUUCUGGACUCUCCUACUGCAGAGCAAAAGGGACUGGGUCAUGGGACUGUGGAGGCUAUUGACACUCAGCCUGGUGAUCUCAGCCCAAACAGUGUUAGUUUUAGUGAGUGGAGCCAGAGGUCAUCAGAUGCACUAGCCAGGUCUGACAUCCCGAUGCCACCACAGUGCUCACAUUUGUGUUCUGUGCUAGUUAACUCUGAGGAUAUGGCCAGACCUUAUGCGUCCUCCGUCUCCCAAUUACCUGCAGUCCCAGGCAACCCAGACACAGUACUAGAUAGACCGAACUCUGAGGAAACUCAGAGAAACAGCCCAACAGAGGCCGAGCCGGAAACAAGCAAACUCCAACAAGAUCAUAAAAUAGAGGAGAGUGUCUGUGGGGAAGAGGACUCCUCCAUUAGCAGUUUCUCUUCUGAGGUCCUCUCCGGUUCUGAUGGUCCCACUGAGAACGGCUCCUCCUCUCAAUCCUCUCAGUGUCCUGGGACGGCGAGAGAGGAACAGAAAGGAGAAGACAUUACGGUGGUGGUGAAGACCCUGUCUUUCACCAAGCCCAGCCAGCCCUUCUUCUCUGUGCUCAGUAGAGAUGGAAACACUGUUCUCCAGUGGCCUACAGAGAUGUUGACCUUCACCAGGACAGAGCCCUGUCUCUCCUACAGCUGCAACCCCCUCCAUUUUGACUUUAGGGCCUCACAGCAAUGGCAGAGCAGGGCGAAGGUUAGUGUUGGUGACAGUCAGAGUAAUUUAUCUGUGGCUUUGUGUAUCAGCUCAACCUCUGACUGCGCUGAGGAACCAACAAAUGUUGACAACAAGCACAAUAACAAGGCCUGCUCUGGCCCAAACCAUCAGAGCCCUAUCAGAGACGGCAGGGAGGCAGUGAAGAGGAAGGAUUGUCUCAUAUGUGAGCACCACACGAGUGACACAGACACAGAAAGUUGCAGCUUGCGACUUAAGAGACACAGCAGUGGCGGAUAUAGUAGGCACUCAAAAGGUAGGACUCAAUCUGAGAAAAGAGCAGCAGGUGGCGAGAAAUGGAAAUCCAGAGACAGGCGCCAUUAUAGGAGCCACAAGAAGAAGGGGAGGAGGAGGAGGAGGAGGAAGGGGAUGAGAGGAGGCGGUGAGGAAGAAGAGGAGCACCACAGAGAGAGGGAGACGGAUGGAGGGUUGGAGAGCAAUACAGAGAAAUGCAACAAAUUUCAGAGACGGUCUGAGUGUUGGGAAGGACUUGAUAGCCAAUUUAGAGUCCCCACUUCACAGCAAGUGCAGCCAUUAGAGAAGUCAAAGCAAUCGGCUGAGGACAGCGGCUGCGCUGCUCCCUUUGCCGCGGAGGACAGGGAGACGGAGAGGGAGAGGGAGAAGGAGAGGGAGACAGAGAGAGAGAGGGAGGAGAGGGAGAGGAAGCGUGUGGUGGAGAGGGAGCGGGUUGUGGAGAGGGAGGAAGAGAGAAGAAGACAGGAAACAGCAGGCAGAGUAAACGGCUCAGCGGGCAGCCUCAGCCUCUCGGAUGAAAAGGUGUUUGGGAAGAGCGUCAGGAGAGACCCGGUCCAUCCAUCAACAGAACAGAGAAACACGGCAGGGCAUGGCUCAAAGAGUUCCCAGAGUCACAACGACACCCCUUGCCCUGAGAAACCUCCUGGGGUUGUUAGACAAAACCCAGGCAGAGUGAUGACUGUCACGGCACCAGAGAGCUUAGUCACCGUUACCCAAAAACUAAGCAUGGCCCUUUCACCCGAGAGGCUUGGUGAAGACUUGUGUGAGAGCAGGGCCCUGAAACGGAAAAGGACAGCAUCAAUGUCUCUGGCUGAUAAGGAGCAGGGCCUUGACCUCCAGGGUCCAUGCACUCAGUGUCAGCCAGCUGUAAUGGUAGAGCCCAGUGGGCCAGUCCUAUGUACCCAGUGUCAGUCAACUGUGGAAGAGUCCAAUUGGCCAGAUGGUUCAAUGGGUGAGGAGGGGUCUGCUUGGUCUUGCUGUGUUUCUUGUGGUGGGGAGGGGAGACAGAGGAAGAGACAGAGAGGGUCCAGUUAUACUCCUCACAUCUCAGACCCUCCUGUAGGUCACAAUGUUCUCAUCUCAGACCCUCCUGUAGGUCACAAUGUUCUCAUCUCAGACCCUCCUGUAGGUCACAAUGUUCUCAUCUCAGACCCUCCUGUAGGUCACAAUGUUCUCAUCUCAGACCCUCCUGUAGGUCACAAUGUUCUCAUCUCAGACCCUCCUGUAGGUCACAAUGUUCUCAUCUCAGACCCUCCUGUAGGUCACAAUGUUCACAUGGCAGAACCUCCUGUAGGUCACAAUGUUCUCAUCUCAGACCCUCCUGUAGGUCACAAUGAUCACAUCUCAGACCCUCCUGUAGGUCACAAUGUUCACAUGGCAGAACCUCCCCUGGAUGUACUGUCUGUUGACAGAUGUGAGCUGAACGUCCAGAGUGAGAAUCUAGUGAAUACAGUUGUGGAAUAUCUUGAGGUUAAAGGUCAAUUUGCCAGCUGUAGUGCCUUGAGUCAGCCAGCUGUAGAGCACGACAGUAAGUCAAUGGGAGGCUCUCCUCGGCUCCAGAUUCAGAACAAUGUUCCCAGCAUGAAAGAAGAAUGUUCCUUCUCUCCCUCUCAAACUGGACCUGUAAGAGAUCCCCCAAAUCCCCCAGAAAUAAUUGGUGUUACUAAUGAAAACAAAAACAACACUGUUUGCCUCCCAAACUCUUCCACUGUUUCUCUCCCGAUCAUGGUACAUCAUAUAGGAAUGGGUAACAUAGGACAAGAUUGUAUAACAAGGAAAUCAGUGGCAGUGGCUGCCCAGGUCAGUCCACUGGGUGUGAGAGAGAUCAUCCCCCCGUCCAUCCCACAGAUGUUUCACAGACAGAAAACCAGUCAGCACAGUCCCCAGAGCCACCCCACCCACCAGGAGUGCCACAGCCCCCAGCAUACCCAGAUUCAGAGGUUUCAUCCCGGGGUUAGGGUUCAGGACGAGAGAGGGUUCAUGGAGAGCCUGAGACCUGGCGGUACUAACGUUACAGCUGGCCCCUACCACAAUCACCGACCGCCAUGUUUCCAUCCGCAGCUGUCUGACGGCAUGGAGAAACAGCACUGUCUCGUUCAGAUCCAGACCCACAGGCACGUCCUCCACCACCAUCAGCAACAUCAGGUGUUCCCUGGAAAGAUGAAGCAAGUUCUGUCUGGAUCUCCUGUUGCGGUGUCCACCUCCUGUCCUCCCAUGCUCCAUCCCGUCCACCUGUCUCCAUCCCCCAUGUCCCCCAUGUCCCCCAUGCCAACCAGGACCAUCACUAUCCGACACACCAUUCUCCAUCACCAACAUCACCACCGUGCAGGCUUCCUCCCUGCUCACCCCCAACCAACUCUCUUACCCCAUGUUCUGCCUGUCCCAGUCAGCAGCCUGACUAUUGGGGCAGAAAUGUGUCCCUCUGGCCCCUACCCACCUCCUUUUGUGACCUCACCACCACAACUCUCGGUAAUGGCCCCACCCAGUUUACACCACCACCCAAUGGCGGUGACAUUCCACGCCAUGCCCCGUCCAGCCAUGUUCCCCUCCAUGCUGCAGCCACACCCACAUCCCACUGUCAUCCCUCUACAGUCCAUGUUUUGAUGACAUCACAUCCCACUGUCAUCCGGCUACAGUCCAUGUUUUGAUGACAUCACAUCCGACUGUCAUCCGGCUACAGUCCAUGUUUUGAUGACAUCACAUCCCACUGUCAUCCCUCUACAGUCCAUGUUUUGAUGACAUCACAUCCCACUGUCAUCCGGCUACAGUCCAUGUUUUGAUGACAUCACAUCCCACUGUCAUCCGGCUACAAUCCAUGUUUUGAUGACAUCACAUCCCACUGUCAUCCGGCUACAGUCCAUGUUUUGAUGACAUCACAUCCCACUGUCAUCCCUCUACAGCCCAUGUUUUGAUGACAUCACAUCCCACUGUCAUGCGUCUACAGUCCAUGUUUUGAUGACAUCACAUCCCACUUUCAUCUCAUUGCUGGACACGUUUUGAUGACAUCAUCAUCUAACAUGCCACUGCAGGAAGUAUAGCUUUCAAUCUUCUCUUUUUGUUGUUUUACUUACAACUAUUAUUUCAAAUGGGGGCGAAAGCAACAACAAACAAACAAAAAGUUACUGUCAAUUUCAUCUCGUACUUAAAGUGGUCUUUUCUUCACGUAACAUCCCGAAACCUGCUUUAACAAUGGAAAGGCUUCUGUGGUAGCCUAGUGAUAAGUGACUUUCAUUCAUACAAUAUUAUCCAGAAAUAUUUCCUUUAGAGUGACAAUCAAGCAUAACUACAGAAUUAGAACGUGUGCAAUACUAAAAAACCAGUCUGAAGCAGAUUAAUUAUUAGAGUGUCCUCUAGACUGUAUUUUUUUUGCUAGUGAAGUGCUUCAAUAGUAUACCUUUAAGGGCAUUACAUGCAAUACUAGUUCAAACAUGAACAUAAGCACAGUCCGUUUUUUUGUGCAAACGGGACGUGUGGAAGAGUUUCACUCUACGUUUAUAUUGUUUCCUAAAGUAUGACAAUUCAUUCACAAAACACUCUAUUGUACAGCAUUCCCCCGUAGUUUCAGACACAG